AUGUUCAGGGUUGUCGUCGAUGAGGUACAUCUGAUCAAGCGACCCCACACAACACUUUUCAAGGCAGCGUGUGAAAUCCGCGCAAACUUCGGAUGGUGCCUCACAGCUACUCCCAUUCAGAACCGGCUGGAAGAGCUCGGGUCGCUCCUUGCUUUCCUACCAAUCGACCAGCUACAAAACCAGGCCAUGUUCAAGAAGAAGAUCAUGGAUGCGUCUUCGCCAGAUGCCCAUACUGUACCCUGGCAAUUCACUCUAUUGCUCGAGGCACUGUGCCUUAGGAGGCCAAAACAGAUGCUCGAGUUGCCUCUGAUUGAGGAACGCUACCACUACAUCACGCUCUCCCAAGAGGAAAGAAACCGGUAUGACAAGACAGCUGCUGACAUGAGCAACUGGAUCAAUCACAAAGCCGGCUUACGUGCAGACCAACGGGACCAUUUUGGUAUCUUCCAAGUCCAGCUCCAGCUUCGCUUGGUCUGCAACCAAGGGACGUUCCAAAAGCCUUUCCAACGACGUGGCCGCAGAGACAAGCUGCCAGAGCGGGAUGAGUUUCUCUAUGCUCUAGGUUCAAGCGCUGAUAUUGAAUGUUCCAUGUGCGGGAUACCGGUCCCUGCCUUUGAUGCAACACCUCCAAAACUCCGUCACGGCUGUGGGCAUGUAAUCUGUCCAGAGUGCAUCCCCUCCGAUGAACAGAGAUCAGCGAACAAGACCUCGUGCUUGUAUUGUGAUGGGCAUAUAAGUCCAAAAUCAGACGCCCUGACGCCAAAUAGCGGUGACGACAGCAAUGACAAGGUGGACCAUUUCGAUCUUUCAGGAGUCUCAUCGAAAAUCGAAGUCCUGAUCCGGGACCUCCAGCAAACCCCAAGAGACACGAAGAGGUACGUCGGCUCUGCUAGACUGGCCGAAAUCCUUGAGAACCAAGCUUACAUCAACUCACCUAGCAUUGUAUUUUCCUGCUGGACAAGAACCCUGGACCUGGUCGCACUCCAUCUCACUCGGAUGAAGAUCCUUCAUCAACGAAUUGACGGCAGGCAAACACUGGCAGAAAGACAGCACAACAUGAGCCGUUUUGUGUCUGACGAGGGCACCUCCGUUCCAGUUCUGCUCAUGACUACCGGUGUCGGUGCAUUCGGGCUCAACCUCAAAGCUGCUAACCACGUCUACAUUCUCGAGCCCGAGUGGAACCCAAGCGUCGAGAGUCAAGCCCUCGGUCGUGUUGCCCGCCGUGGUCAGAAGAAGACUGUCCUAGUCACGAGAUACCUGGUUCAUGGCACCGUGGAGAUUGUAUGA